AUGACCGCCUCCGCAGAGCACGUCAAAUCUCUACGCCUUGUCCAACCAUCCGAUCUCGAGGAAUUCGUGCAACAAAUUUUAGUUGCCAAUGGCACCUCCACUGAGCAUGCGGGAAUUGUAGCCAACUGCCUCGUGCAAGCCGAUCUGCGCGGCGUCGACACCCACGGUAGCAAUCGCAUCCCUUCAUACAUGGAACGAAUCCGCCGCAAAGCACUAGACGCCACAAUCACCCCGGAGCUUCGGCAAGUGACGCCAGCCGUAGCACAGGUCGACGGCCGCAACGGGUUCGGAUUCGUCGCAGCGCAUGCAGGGAUGGUGCGCGCAAUCGAAAUGGCGCAGCAGUUCGGCAUUGGGAUGGUCUCCAUCAAGCAUUCGAAUCAUUUCGGUAUGUCGGCUUGGCUAGUCAAGCAGGCGCUGGACGCCGAUAUGAUGUCUCUGGUAUUUACGAACUCGUCUCCCGCACUGCCGGUCUGGGGCGGCAAAGAGAAGUUGAUGGGCGUGUCGCCAAUUGCCUGUGGCGCUCCCUCUGAGAACCCGCGGCGGCCGUUCAUUCUUGACAUGGCGCCGUCUGUGGCCGCUCGCGGCAAAGUGUACAAGGCCCUUCGGCGUGGCGAGAAGAUUCCCACGGACUGGGCGCUUGAUGGAGAGGGAAAUCAGACUGAUGACCCUGCAAAGGCUCUUGAAGGUGUCAUGCUGCCGAUGGGCGGACCAAAAGGCUCCGCCUUGGCCAUUAUGAUGGAUGUUUUCUCUGGCGUGUUCUCGGGGGCUGCGUUCGCAGGCCAUGUUACCAAUCCCUACGACCCGUCCAAACCAGCUGACGUCGGUCAUUUUCUGAUUGCCGUCAAACCGGAUCUUUUUAUGACAAUGGAUGAGUUCAAGUCGAGGAUGAAGUACCUCUAUCAGCGGGUCGUCAACUCCGAAAAGGCGGCUGGUGUGGAGCAAAUUUAUUUCCCUGGGGAAAUUGAGAUGAUCACUGAGGAGCAACGGUUAUCGGAAGGAAUUCCAUUGGCCGAGGCGGAAAUUGAGGCUUUGAAUAAGGAGGCAGAUCGUGUAAACGUUGCGCAUUUGAAGGUACAGCCUCGGGUCGACAGCUAA